AUGUACCAUUUGCGUAUGAUAUUCACAUUAAAAAGGCCAUUUUACUUGUUCAACGCGACCAGCGGAUUUAUCAGCUUGGAUUGUGGGCUAUCCGCUAAUGAUCCUCCUUAUACCGAUCCAUCUAAUAAAUUAACAUUCUCCUCGGACGCCAAAUUUGUUGAGGGUGGGAAAAGUGGUACAAUCCAGAAACAUUUGGAGUCGACCUAUUACAAGGCGUAUACAACUCUAAGAUACUUUCCCGAUGGGAUACGACACUGCUAUAGCCUAAAUGUCACGCAAGACAUUCGCUAUUUGGUCAGAGCUUCAUUCGUCUAUGGAAACUACGAUGGUAUGGACAGUCAUCCAAACUUCGAUCUGUAUAUAGGCAGGACAUGGUGGGAGACAAUAUCUAAUCGUUUUGAAGACCCUAAUAACAAUUGGUCAUCACAGAAGUCAUUGGACAAAGAAUAUACUACAUCUACAGAAGUCAUUCACACCACAUGGUCAAACACUUUGCAAGUUUGUCUUGUUAAGACAGACAAAACAGUGCCAUUCAUUUCAGCCUUAGAACUUCGGCCAUUGAGUAAUAAUGUUUAUGCUUCUCGAAGCGGUUCCCUGAAGAGAAUGGCUCGAGUGUAUUUUAGCAAUUCUAGUCAUGCUAUACGGUAUCCUGACGAUGUCCAUGAUCGUCCGUGGUCUGCAUUCUCUAGUGAGGACUUGAAGAUAAUAAACAACAACACUGGCAUUACAGAAAGUUCUAAUCCUUACGACCUGCCGCUAGCCGCAAUUAUGACGGCUGCCAUACCAACUAAUGCCAGUUCACCUUUGAGCAUUACCUGGACUACAAAUUCAACAGACCAGUUCCACGUCUACCUUCACUUUCUUGAACUACUAGCUUUGCGAGCCAACGAAAGUAGGAUGUUUGACAUUGUGGUUAACGGAGACAUUACUUCAUCAGCUUACAGUCCUUCGGAUUCAAUAGUAGAUACAGUAUCCAACAAAGUACCUUUAAACUGCAAUAAUUCAGAAUGCAGCUUGGAACUGAGAAAAACUGACGAUUCAACUCUUCCACCUCUACUUAGCGCCAUAGAGAUUUUCACGGUACUUAAGAUUUUAGAAUCAGCAACAUAUGAAGAUGACGUUAUUGCGUUUGAGACGAUCCUAGCUGCUUAUGCAUUAAGCAACGGGAGUGGAGAUCCAUGCGUCCCUAAACCAUCCCAAUAUCUCAAAUGCAGUAACAACACUGAUUCGUCUGUACCACUGAGAAUCAUUUCCUUAAAUUUAUCCUCAAUUGGACUAUCCGGUGUCAUAUCACCUACCAUUCAAAAUCUAACCGAUCUUAAAGUGCUGGACUUGUCACGUAACAAGUUGACCGGAGGACUUCCCGAUUUUCUAUCCAACAUGGUAGCCUUGUCAUUCAUAUAUCCUGCUAAUCUUGACGGGAUUCUCCUCUUCCAUAACAGAGACUUAAGCUAUAAUAGUUUAAGUGGUCCAGUUUCGCAAGCUCUUCUUAAUAGUCAAAAGGAAAGAGGACUGGUCUUAAAGCUUCAGGGAAACCCAAAACUUAAUGUGAAUACUACAUCUAAAAAGGAAUUUCCAGUAGCAGUUGUAGCGUCAGUCGCUUCCGUUGCCAUUGUCCUGGUAGUGCUUGUUGUGCUUUACAUUUGCCUGGGAAAAAGGUGGUCAAAAAGAGAAGGUAGGGUUGUUGCAGCAAAUUAA